AUGGGGCCCAGUUUACGGAAGCAAACCCAUCAGCCUCCACAAGUGAUUCUACUCGGCCUGGACUCAGCUGGAAAAUCCACUUUGCUUUACAGGCUUCAUCAAGGGGUCAUCAUGGAGACGGUGCCUACAAUAGGCUUCAACAUAGUUAACCUGAAGCUGGACAAAAAGUCAGUGCUGACUGUUUGGGAUGUUGGUGGUCAUGAAAGUAUGCGAUCCAACUGGAAGUACUAUCUGGAAGGCUGCAAGGCAUUGGUAUAUGUGGUGGAUGCCAGUGACCAUUCUAGAAUAAAUGAAGCAAAGAUGGCACUAAAUAUUAUCCUGAGUGACCACAACCUAAAAGAUGUUCCACUCAUGGUGCUGGCUAAUAAAACGGACAUGCAGAACUCCAUGACAAUUAAUGAUGUGUCCAGUGGGUUGGAUUUGAAAAGUUGCACCAACAGGGAUUGGGAAAUCCAGGCAUGCAGUGCUUUGCAAGGGCUGGGACUACAUCAGGCUUUUCAGUCUGUGGCCAAAAUGAUAACGAAGAAAUAA